UAUUAUUAAUUAAAAUUGAAUUUGUAGAAUAUAUAAAAAUAUUUUCUUUAAAUUUAUUGCAUACAAUUUGAAAUAAACUGCGUACCAGGCGUAUAACGAUAUAUCGACUGACGACCGCCAAAUUAUAUCGAUGGCAUAUUACAUCUCCAAGAAAGAGACACAGUUUUCCAGAAAAGUCACUUGGUGAAGGGAGAAAAAUAAUUGUUUGUUUUGUGUUUUUGUGCACUCCAGAAGGUAAAUUACCAUUUAUAGUGUUUGUUGGGUUACCGAAAACUAUAAGCUAAGGACAACGAAAUGCACGUCAAAUACUUAUUCAGUGGUCUCUUGUAGCUAUCUGUAGGAGCAGAUCGUUCAGUUCAGUUGAGCUUAAGAGACAAAAUCAACAACAGCAACAAUAUGUCGUGGCAAAGUGUCCCUCAAUAUCCUCAAUAUCAAGAUCCCAAUCAGCAGUACAACUAUGGCGGCGGUUAUCCACCGCAAGGGGGCGGCUACCCGCCGCAAGGUGGCGGUUAUCCACCACAAGGAGGCUAUGGCGGCGGCCCACCGCAAGGCUAUCCGCCCUAUGGCCAAGGCGGCGGUCAAGCCUAUCCACAGGGAGGUUACGGUCAGGAUCCAUAUGGUCAAGGCCCACCACCCGGUGGCUAUGCACCUCAGCCCGGCUUCGUUCAACCACCUCCAUCGGCUGGCUAUGGGGCCUACGAUGAUCCCGAGCAACCAAAGAACUUUUCAUUCGACGAUCAGAGUAUUCGACGUGGUUUCAUACGCAAAGUCUAUAUUAUUCUAAUGGGUCAACUGGUCGUUACUUUUGGAGCUGUUGCGCUAUUCGUUUUUCACGAAGGAACUAGAAGAUUCGCUGCUAAAAAUUCGUGGCUGUUUUGGGUUGCUCUUGCCGUCUUGCUUGUGACAAUGAUUUGCAUGGCUUGCUGCGAGAGUGUGCGACGACAAACACCGACGAACUUCAUAUUCUUAGGGUUAUUCACAAUAGCGCAAUCAUUCCUUUUAGGCGUUUCAGCCAGUCGCUAUGCUCCAACAGAGGUACUAAUGGCAGUGGGAAUAACGGCUGCUGUUUGUCUCGCCUUGACGCUCUUUGCAAUGCAAACAAAGGUGGACUUCACCAUGAUGGGCGGCAUAUUGCUGGCUUGCAUGGUCGUCUUUAUGAUCUUUGGAAUCGUUGCCAUCUUCUUCAAGGGCAAAAUCAUAACGCUUGUCUAUGCAUCGUUUGGGGCCUUGCUGUUCUCCGUGUAUCUCAUAUACGAUACGCAGUUGAUGAUGGGCGGCGAUCACAAGUAUUCCAUUAGUCCUGAGGAGUACAUCUUUGCUGCUCUGAAUCUCUACUUGGAUGUGGUCAACAUCUUCAUAUACAUUCUAACAAUUAUUGGGGCUUCGCGGGACUAAACCCGCGCCCAAAGACCCGUAUAUACGUUUAUUUAAUGGCAAAAAUCGAAAUCGAAAAUCAGAAAGAAUCCAGCUUAUUAAUAUUGCUCUUUACUCAAGUUAAACAUGUAUUACUCAUAAUCACAUAAUCUCAAUUACGAUUUGAAGAAAGCGUUUACGGUGUAUUGUGCGCAGCUAGAGAUUCUUUGUUGAUAAUAACAAUUAUCAUUAUUUAGUACAGAUCUUUUGUUGCGUUGGUAUUUUCCUUAUUCCUUAUAAGAGUGUAGAGAGUAAUAAGCUUAAGGUGAAAUGUAUACAAAAUUGUCACAUUGUUAUGCAUACGAAUGCACUAAUUUUAUGUUGAUUAACUUGAUUUGUUAUGUUCUUCAAAAUUGUUCUUAUGACUUCUGUAUACCUGAUAAAUAAUUGAUGAUCCAAACCAAAUACUACCACAUACAUCCGAACUACAUGCAAACAACUAAAACUAAAUAACAGCAUAAAUAAAUGAAAAUAUGCAUUAUACAAAUUAUUUACUAUAUACAAUAUACAUACAUACUUAUAUAUGAAAAGGACACGCAGCAGUUUGUCGCCUGCAGUUGUUAAGCAAUUAAUAUGUCAAAUACAUACGUAAAGUGCAGAUGUAUCAGGAAUCCCUCAAUAAUGAAAUAUACAUACUUAUUGUGCAACGUCACUGUGGUAAAAAGUCAA